UCGAGAGUACGAAGCGAGUUUAUCCUCUACACCAGACUGGGAGGCGAGCUUUGUUCUCUUCAAAGGAAGCCUACAAGGAAAGCUUCCUCUCGAACCCCAGCCUCUGCGCUUCCAGCGAUCUCUUAUACGUCCCUGUCUGCAAACAUGGUUCGCCAUGGAAGAUGCGUAUAAUCCUCAUCGUUCUUGCUUCACUCGUCACCUUGAUGGCAACCGUCUUCACCGUCUUCAAACGAAGAGACCGUCAUGGGAGAAACAAUGUCAGAGAUUUACCCACGUGGAAGAUGAUGUCUUUCUAUCCGUUGGAUCUUAUUGAGUCCACCAUCCUGAGUGGGCUCACGGAAGACAACCUUAUCGGGAGUGGCGGGGGCGGGAAAGUAUAUCGGAUUGUGCUGGAGGACCAUGUUGCACAGAUCGUGGCCGUUAAAAAGAUCUGGAACACCAGGAAGCUUGAUUCCCUGCUGGAGAAGGAGUUCCAAGCUGAGGUCCAAAUUCUAGGCUCCAUCAGGCAUGCGAAUAUUGUUAAACUACUCUGCUGCCUCUGGAGCAUCGACACAAAGCUGCUAGUGUACGAGUACAUGGAGAACGGGAGCCUGGAGCUGUGGCUUCACAAGAAGUGGAGGGUGGGGGAGCAAACCGAAGAGAUGAACUCUGAUCACGUCCCUUUAGAUUGGUCGACCAGGUUGCGGAUUGCUGUUGAUGUGGCACGAGGGUUAUGCUACAUGCACCAUGGUUGCUCCCCACCUAUCGUGCACCGAGAUGUGAAGUCCAGUAACAUACUAUUAGACUCGGAAUUUAGAGCCAAGAUCGCUGAUUUUGGUCUGGCUCGAAUGCUUGUCAAGCCUGGAGAGCCCAAUACGGUGUCAGCUGUCGCGGGGACAUUCGGUUACAUGGCUCCAGAAUGCGCAUGCUCGAGAAAAGUAAAUGAGAAGAUGGAUGUGUACAGCUUUGGAGUGAUUCUUUUGGAACUAACCACCGGAAGGAAAGCAAGGGAUGGUGGUGAGCAUGAUAAUCUAGCAGGAUGGGCUUGGCGCUGCUUACAGAAGGAUAACAAGGUGAUCGAUGCUAUAGAUCAGGAUAUCAAGGAUCCGACAUAUAUAGAGGAGAGUGCGCUUAUCUUUAAAUUAGGAGUCAUGUGCACUAGCCCAUUGCCUUCUUCGAGACCUACAAUGAAUGAUGCACUACAAAUCUUACUGCGAUGUCAACAAGCUACUGCAAAUAUUACCAUGGUGUGAAUGAAAAGAUGGUAUUAUAGAGCUUCUAC